CCGGAUCGUACGCGUGGAUGUUUCUCAGCUGGUCUUCACGGUGGAGCUAGUUUCUGGGGUAAAAAACAUGCAUUUGGCCUAUAUUUAAACCAAAUCCCUUCUCAGGAACAAGCAAUAACAUCAUGCGCCAGGGUAUAGCAAGGGCAGAUAUUUCAGCCUCGCGUCGAAGACUCUUUCACAUACUUUCCUCGUUCAUCUUUUCUAACUUAUCGCAAUGGCCAUCCUGAACGGUAAAAAGGAGGCCGAACUGGCCGCGGGUUCUGCCCUUGCGGAAACUCUCCCUGAGAGCUCCAAGCCGUGGUACCGAACUUGGCAUAUCGUCAAACUCAACCUUGUUCUCCUGGUGCCACUACUGUCAUCUGCAUCCCUUGGAUACGAUGGUUCAAUGAUGAAUGGACUUCAGACUUUGCCUCAAUGGAAGCAUUUCUUCGGCAACCCAGAAGGAGCCAUCCUCGGUCUGAUGAACGCCGUCUACCCUCUCGGCAAGGUGUUCGCCUUAUUCCUCGUAACCUACGUCUCGGAUCGAUUUGGUCGGAAGCUUCCAGUGUUGAUCGGCCUGGUUACCUGUGUUGGCUUUGCAAUCAUGCAAGGGUUAUCUCAGAACUUAGCAACUUUCGUAACGGCAAGAGCAUUGUUGGGCUUUUUCACCUCCUUUAUCAGCCAACCGAGUCCUGUGCUUAUUACUGAACUCGCAUACCCAACCCAGCGAGGUAAGGUGACGGCUCUGUAUAAUACUUUCUUCUAUUUCGGCGCUAUAUUUGCAGCCUGGUGUACCUUUGGUACUUUCAAAAUUGAUUCCACUUGGAGCUGGAGAAUCCCUUCCAUCCUUCAAGGUGCUGUUCCAGCCUUUCAACUACUUGGAUUAUAUUUCCUUCCAGAGUCCCCCAGAUACCUCGUAUCUCAAGGUCGACACGAAGAAGCCCACCGAUUCUUUAUCGAAUAUCACGCCGGUGGCGAUGCGGACUCGGCUCUCGUUAAAUUCGAAAUGGACGAGAUUGAACGAGCCAUCACCGAAGAAGCCAAUGUCCUAUCUACAACAUCCUGGCUCGACCUGAUCCGGACUCCGGCUAACCGCAAACGAACAUUUAUCGUGCUUAUCCUCGGUUGGUUUAGUCAGUGGAAUGGUAUCGGAGUCGUCAGCUACUAUCUCACGCUCGUCCUCAACACAAUUGGAAUUACAGAAGCUAAGGAUCAAACACUCAUCAACGGUCUCCUCCAAAUCUUCAACUGGCUUGCGGCAACAUUCUGUGGCGCUCUUAUGGUUGAUAGAAUUGGUCGACGAACGCUGUUCUUGAUAUCAACUGCCGGAAUGUUAUGCAGCUAUAUUGCUUGGACGGGUUUAACCUCCGCAUUCGUUGCCAGUAAAGGAGAGGGCAUGGGACGCGCCGUCGUCGCGUUUAUCUUCAUAUACUAUUUCUUCUACGACAUUGCUUGGACGCCCUUGCUCCAAGCUUACACCGUCGAGAUCUACCCAUACACGCUCCGUGGACGUGGUUUAUCAUUCACGCUAAUAACAUCGUUUGUGGGCCUCAUUGUCGGAAACCAGGUCAACCCGAUCGCUAUGAAGAGCAUUGGAUGGAAGUACUAUAUUGUGUUCUGUUGCUUACUAGCGGUUCUUUUCGUACUAGUAUGGUUCUUCUUCCCUGAGACUAAGGGGCAUACUUUGGAAGAAAUUAGAGAAGUCUUCGAAGGUAAAUUGGAGAAUAGCGAUAUUGAAAAAACGGGUGAAUCCGAAGCUAGCCAUAAUGAGGAGGAUGGGAAGUAUAAGCAGGAUACGAAGCAAAUCGAACUUGCUUAAUGAAAGGGAAGGGUCCCGGUCCAGGUAGAUUUGGGAAACAGGGUGUUGCGGGGAGGUUUUGUUGUUGUGGGUGAUGAAAGGAAUAUUGGGAGUAUAUGAGUUGGAUCUUACCAUAAUAAAGUACCUGUUAUGAAAUUUUAAUACAAUUGAAAACUUAUUUGAAUUGAGC